AUGGUGCAAAAAGAUAAGGCGCUAGAGACCCCUCAAGUGGACGGUGAAACGAGCCCCAGCCCAGUCUCCGGAGAGGCUUGUGUCGAGGCCCCCGGCCCAGUGGAUGAAGUCGGUAUUGGAGUGGAACUGACGGGCCACAGAAAAUUCAUCAGUGGGGUCGUAGAAGGUUUUUAUGGUCGUCCUUGGACCAUGGAACAGAGGAAAGAGUUAUUCAGGAGGCAACAGAAAUGGGGAUUGAAUACAUACUUAUAUGCACCCAAAGAUGACUACAAACACAGAAUGUUCUGGAGAGAGUUGUACUCUGUGGAAGAAGCAGAGCAACUCAUGACAUUAAUUGGUGCUGCAAAGGAGCAUGGGGUAGAAUUCAUCUAUGCCAUUUCACCCGGACUGGACAUCACCUUCUCCAAUCAGAAAGAGGUUUCUGCACUAAAGAGAAAACUUGAUCAGGUUUCACACUUUGGUUGCAAGUCAUUUGCCUUACUUUUUGAUGACAUUGACCACAAUAUGUGCCCAGCUGACAAAGAGGUGUUCAGCUCAUUUGCACAUGCUCAGGUUUCCAUCACCAAUGAAAUCUACCAGUAUCUGGGAGAGCCUGAAACCUUCCUCUUCUGUCCCACAGAGUACUGUGGAACAUUUUGCUACCCAAGUGUCUCUCAGUCUCCCUAUCUGCACACAGUAGGAGAAAAGUUGCUGCCUGGCAUUGAUGUACUAUGGACAGGUCCAAAAGUGGUGUCCAAAGAUAUCACUGUGGAAACUAUUGAAGAGGUGUCUAAAAUUCUUAGAAGAGCACCAGUAAUCUGGGACAACAUUCAUGCCAAUGACUAUGAUCAGAAGAGACUUUUCCUUGGGCCGUACAAGGGCCGUUCAACAGAGCUUAUUCCUAGGUUGAAAGGAGUGCUCACCAACCCUAAUUGCGAGUUUGAGUCCAACUUUGUAGCCAUCCAUACUCUGGCUACUUGGUAUAAGUCUAAUAUGAAUGGAGUGCGCAAGGAUGUGGUCAUGACAGAUGGUGAGGACAGCACAGUGUCCAUCCAGAUCAAAUUGGAGAAUGAGGGCAGUGAUGAAGAACUUGAAACAGACAUGCUUUAUAGCCCACAGCUUGCUCUAAAACUGGCUCUGGCAGAAUGGCUUGGGGAAUUUGGUGUGCCUCAUCAAUACAACAGCCGGCAGGUGCCUCAGAGCGGUGCCAAAAGUACAGCUAUAGACGUGUCAUCCAUGGCUGCUGCUCCCUCUCUCUGCUCCUCCACUACAGUCACAACUGUGUUUCAGCAGCCUAUCAUGUCACCAGCCAUGCCGUCUCUCUGUCUGGAUCCACAUGCACACCCAAUCUCAAAAAGAUCUCAGGGGGUUGAGGAGGUGGAGGUGGAGAAGAAGGAUUCAGAUGAGGAGCCCAUGGAGAUGGUGGUUGAGAAGCAGGAUGAACCAGAACCAGGAAAUGAAACCAAUCCAGAGAGCAAAGAUGUCGGUCCUGUUCUCGUUGAUAAGAUGACUGAGGACUUGAAGCCCAUGGAUACAGACAAGGAGAGUUUGUCCGAGUCAAAGUCUCCUGAAGACUCCAUCCAGGAGGACUGUGGGAAUGAUAUCGCCCCCAUGCAGACAGAUGAGCAGCUCAAACAGGGUGUGUAUGUGCCUGGUCCCAAUGAGAAGCCCCUGUUCAUAGCUGAGCCCCUCACACUUGAGGACUUAAGCUUGCUAGCAGAACUUUUCUAUUUGCCUUAUGAACAUGGACCCAAGGCCAUGCAGAUGUUGAAAGAGUUCAACUGGCUUAGAGCCAACAGCAGUGUGGUCAGUGUCAACUGUAAGAGAAAAGAAGCUGAAAAGGUUGCAGAGUGGCAGUCACGGGCGGAGAAGUUUGAAGAAAUGUGCUGCUCAGUCAUCCAGAUGUUUACACGUCUGUCGAACACAGCCAACCGAACCAUUCUAUAUGACCUCUACCCUUACAUCUGGGACAUCAAGAGUAUCAUUUCUAUGGUCAAGUCUUUUGUCCAGUGGCUAGGGUGUCGUAGUCAGUCCUCAGCACAGUUCCUUAGAGGAGACCAAGAGCCCUGGGCCUUUAGGGGAGGUCUAGCAGGAGAGUUCCAGCGAUUGUUGCCAAUAGAUGGGGCAAACGAUCUUUUCUACCAACCUCCACCAUCGAUGCCAACCUCCAAAAUCUAUUCCAUCAGGCCAUAUUUUUCCAAAGAUGAGGCUGCGGUCUAUAAAAUCUGUAAAGAGAUGUUCUGUGAAGGAAUGGAGGAUGUGCCUUUCUCUGAGCAGGAUGCUGACCUCAUAGGAGACAGGUUAGUCGGAGGUCUCCUGACUUUGAGUUCAGACUAUGGUUUUGUGCUAGAAGAUGAGGAAGGGAUCUGUGGUUAUGCUCUUGGCACUGUGGAUGUCAAGCCCUUCAUUAAGAAAUGCAAGUUGAGUUGGAUUCCCUUCAUGCAAGAGAAGUACCACAAGCCUGACUGUCAGAAGGACCUUACAGAGGCAGAGAAGAUGAUGCUGAGUUUUCAUGAAGAAGAGGAAGGUCUUCCAGAAUCGUUCCUGUCCAACUUUCCCUCACUUAUCAAAGUUGACAUUCAUGCAAAGGUGACUGACCCCAGUGUGGCUAAAAGCAUGAUGGGAUGUCUUCUGUCUUCUCUCAAGGCCAAUGGUUCACAUGGUGCAUUCUGCAAGGUGUGUCACACUGAUAAGAGAAUGUUGGACUUCUACAGUAAGCUCGGAUGCUUUGAGGUGGCCAAAAUGGAAGGCUUUCCCAAAGAUGUCAUCAUUAUGGGACGCAGCCUAUGAGGAAAUGUUCUACUACCAUAACUGUGACAGACUAAUAGAGGGCAGGUCAGCUAGGCUUCUAAACAUGUUUACUGUUUUCACAAGUCAAAACAUUAAUGUGAUUUGAACCUUGGCUAGCCCAAGGGAGCCUGAAAUUAAGCACAUCAGGUGCACAGAUGCCCUGUGCUAUCUGUUGGUUUUACAGCU